AAUGAUAGGGGCCUGUGGAAACAUGAAGAGGGUAAGCAGCUGUGUGAAGACUGAUGAUCAUGUCCUGGAAGAGCUGGAAACAGAAGGGGAGAGGCAGCUGAAAAGCCUUCUUCAGCAUCAACUUGAUACCUCUGUCUCAAUUGAAGAAUGUAUGUCUAAAAAAGAGAGCUUUGCUCCAGGUACUAUGUACAAACCCUUUGGGAAGGAAGCAGCUGGGACUAUGACUUUGUCCCAGUUCCAGACACUGCAUGAGAAGGACCAGGAAACUGCUUCUCUCAGGGAACUAGGGCUCAGUGAAACAGAAAUCUUGAUCUGGAAAAGUCAUGUUUCAGGUGAAAAGAGGACAAAACUGAGGGCAACUCCUGAAGCAAUACAGAAACGUCUUCAAGAUAUUGAAGAAAGGAUCUCAGAGCGUCAGCGCAUCCUUUGCCUGCCACAAAGAUUUGCAAAGAGCAAACAGCUGACCCGGCGAGAAAUGGAAAUAGAAAAGUCUUUAUUUCAGGGAGCUGAUCGUCACUCCUUCCUUAAGGCUCUUUAUUACCAAGCAUACCACAAAAAGACAAGUGCAGACAAGUACAUGACCUCAAUGAAGAGGAUGAUAAAAUUAGGCACAAAAGGUUAUGGUGGUUAUGAAUAA